AUGCGGUCAUCACAAGAGUCACGAUUGUUAUCUUUACUCAACUCUCCAGAUAACAGAAACAAGUGUGCUGAAUGUGGGUCUAGCUAUCCUACAUGGGCGUCGUGCAACUUGGGUGUGUUUCUAUGUGGAAAAUGUGCUUCUGCCCACCGAACCUUAGGAGAUGAUGUAUCGGUGGUCAAAUCAUUAACUAUGGAUGAAUGGAGCUCUACUGAGUUGGAGUUCAUGGAAUCCAUGGGAAACAGAAGAAACCAUAAAAUAUGGAACAAUAGGAACGAGCCAUUUCCAUACGACGAUAUGGAUAAGGAUGCUGUGAUCAUGUUCCUCAGAAACAAGUAUGUUUUGGGUGAUUUUAGGACAACUCCAAUUGGUGAAGACGACUACCACCUGGAAGUAUUGGAUGGUUCGGGAAGGGGUAGACAUCGUGGGGGUAGGAGUAGUCGCAAUCGGUACGACCGAUAUGGAGACGACUAUAGCGAUACCCGGAAUGACAACUCUAGCCAUUACUCUCUUCCCAGCUUAUAUUCAAGAAGUAGUAGAUCUUCUCGUGAUAUUGAAUUAAAACUACGCCAUAGAUCUUCGACACGAGAGGAAAAAACGCGGUAUGCAGAUGUAGCAAGGAAAAUGAAGUUUGAUAUGGGUUUUGAGGAUUUGGAACUAAAUAUAGAGGCCCUUUGUCUUACCCGUGGGAAUAUAGAGCAGGCUGCUGACUUGGUCAGAAAGGAUAAUGUCACUCAUAUAAGUUCAGAAACUCCUCCUCCACUUCCUAAGAGAAGAGAUACUGUGACUAACAGUGCUCCUGUUUCUGGGUCUACUACCACAGAGUCCAAGUCUGGCAAUGACUCGACAUACAACUGGUUAGAUUCUGAUACUACGGCCAAACCUGCAACUGCUCCAGCUACGAUGCUUCAGUCUUCUGCUGCGAGUAACCAGAUUUAUCAGUAUGUCGAUCCGAACACAGGUCAAUACUAUUAUCUUGAUAGUAAUGGACAGCAAUAUGUCGAUCCUAAUCAACAGCAGCAAUUACAAAUGCAGCAAACUGCUGCCGUUCUGUCACCGUAUAUUAAUGUCCAACAGACAAUGACGGGGCAGGCUAUACGACCAAUGAUGGGUCAGUCAACCAUGAGCCAACCAAUGAUGAAUCAGCCAAUGAUGGGUCAGCCAACCAUGGGUCAGCCAACCAUGAGUCGACCAAUGAUGGGUCAGUCAACCAUGAGUCAACCAAAUAUGAGUCAGCCAACCAUGGUUCAACCAAUGAUGGGUCAACCUAACAUGAGUCAACCAAACAUGAGUCAGCCAAUGUACUCUGCUUCUCAGCAAGCUCAGCAAAAUCAAUUCACCGGUUUCUAA